CGAAAGGUCAAUUUUCCUGAAAGGCUAAACUGAGGGAUAACUGAUUCGACGUUAUGACGUCACCCGUGCGUCAAGGAAAAAGCAGGAAGAAGUAACCAGUACGUGGCCUUUUUUUAUCUGGAACAGUAGCUGCGGGAAUCACGCUUCGUUACGAAAUGGAACUGGAGGCCAUGACCAGAUACACCAGCCCGGUGAACCCAGCGGUGUUCCCCCACCUUACUGUGGUCCUGUUGGCCAUCGGCAUGUUCUUCACAGCCUGGUUCUUCGUUUAUGAAGUAACAUCAACAAAAUACACAAGGGACGUCUACAAGGAGCUGCUAAUCUCCCUGGUGGCUUCACUUUUCAUGGGCUUUGGUGUGCUUUUCUUACUGCUGUGGGUUGGGAUCUACGUAUGAAGGUGGCUAAAUUAAGAGAAUAUUACACAUUCCAAUGGGACAAAGGACAUCAUCACGAUACAAAAUUCUGGAUUUGAAUUUGAUGGCACUGACAAUAUUUUUUUGAAUCACAUGGACUCUGGCUUUCAUUUCAGAAUUAAAGGGGAUUUCUACAAA